AAAAAUUAACGACUCUUCUCUUUCUCCCGUGCCGCCACACCACGACCACCCAGAUCACUUAUCCACCUCAACACCAACAACUUGACAUUCCCCCCUGCUCUUUGAUUUUUAUCAAGAGCACCUAGACGAGUCUCAGAUUAAAUAUCUAGACUCUCUUUGACGAUUUUCCACGGUAUACUCUACGAGUCUCCCGUGUGAUUACGACAAGCCGCAUUUGCCCGCCGACCAACAAUCGCAACACCAAACCGCAAUCAUGGCUGACUCCCAGGGACUGGAGGAGAUCAACGAGGCGACCAUCGAGUCCAACUGGACCGAGGUUUGCGAGUCGUUCGACGACAUGGAACUGAAGUCGGAGCUUCUCCGUGGUGUCUACGCCUACGGUUUCGAGCGUCCCUCCGCCAUCCAGGCCCGUGCCAUCAUGCCCGUCGUCAAGGGUAACGAUGUCAUUGCCCAGGCCCAGUCCGGUACUGGCAAGACCGCCACCUUCUCCAUCUCUGUCCUGCAGAAGAUCGACCCCGCCGUCAAGCAGUGCCAGGCCCUUAUCCUUGCUCCCACCCGUGAGCUGGCCCAGCAGAUCCAGAAGGUCGUCAUCGCCAUCGGUGACUUUAUGAACAUUGAGUGCCACGCCUGCAUUGGCGGCACCUCUGUCCGCGACGACAUGAAGGCCCUCCAGGACGGCCCUCAGGUCGUCGUCGGUACCCCCGGCCGUGUCCACGACAUGAUCCAGCGUCGUUUCCUCAAGACCGACAGCAUGAAGAUGUUCGUUCUCGACGAGGCCGACGAGAUGCUUUCGCGCGGUUUCACCGAGCAAAUCUACGACAUCUUCCAGCUCCUUCCCCAGAGCACCCAGGUCGUCCUUCUCUCCGCCACCAUGCCCCAGGACGUCCUCGAGGUCACCACCAAGUUCAUGCGCGACCCUAUCCGUAUCCUCGUCAAGAAGGACGAGCUUACCCUUGAGGGUAUCAAGCAGUUCUACAUUGCCGUCGAGAAGGAGGAGUGGAAGCUCGACACCCUCUCCGAUCUGUACGAGACUGUCACCAUCACCCAGGCCGUCAUCUUCUGCAACACCCGCCGCAAGGUCGACUGGCUCACCGACAAGCUCACUGCCCGUGACUUCACCGUCUCCGCCAUGCACGGUGACAUGGACCAGGGUCAGCGUGACCUGAUUAUGAAGGAGUUCCGUUCCGGUUCUUCUCGUGUCCUGAUCGCCACCGACCUUCUGGCCCGUGGCAUCGACGUCCAGCAGGUCUCGCUGGUCAUCAACUACGACCUUCCCGCCAACCGCGAGAACUACAUCCACCGUAUCGGUCGUGGUGGCCGUUUCGGCCGUAAGGGCGUUGCGAUCAACUUUGUUACCGCCGAGGAUGUUCGCAUGAUGCGUGAGAUUGAGCAGUUCUACAGCACCCAGAUUGAGGAGAUGCCCAUGAACGUCGCCGACCUCAUCUAA